CCCUCCCUCCCUCCCUCCCCCACUCUCUGUCCGUUCCUCUCUUUUUAUUUACAUCUCCCCUCUCCGCCACUCUCUCUCUCUCUCUCUCCGUUGUGGACUCUUGAGUUGAAUCAACCAAUAUGGAGAAUCGGUCGCUGGUUUCUGAUUCCAAGUCCAUGUCGCCGCCGUGUCCGACGACAGAGGCGGUGGCGGGGAGGGAUUGGGUGGCAAGCAAUGAGUUCGAAGCGGCGGAGGCUUUGGCCGGCUUGGCCCAUUCGGCGGUGCAAGAGAGCGGGACUUCUUCUGGUUGUAGUCAAAUAAAACGGCCCUGCCAGAGUAUCAAGAACGGGUUGCCGGCCGGAGACUCCGGGAUGAAGCCUGAAUUCUCUGUCCGUAAAUGCUCUGUUUCUCCUGAGGAUCCUGAAUUACUUAAUCCAAGUCCCAGGUGCACCACAAGUUAUGCAUCUUUUAGUGGCAGCAAGUCGAGACAUAAUUUGACCGAAGCUGAGAAGGAAGCAAGGAGGAUACGCAGGGUAUUGGCUAACAGGGAGUCGGCAAGACAGACAAUUCGCCGUAGACAGGCUGUGUAUGAGGAAUUGACCAGAAAAGCAGCGAGUCUGGCAUUGGAGAAUGAGACUUUGAAGAGGGACAUGGAGUUGGCUCUGAAAGAAUAUGAUUCUUUGAAGAUCAUCAAUGAAAGUUUAAAAGGAGAGAUGGCUAAGACAAUGAAGACCCAAGUAGAGGAAAGUCGAGUAGAUUCAAAUUCAACCAAUGGUGAGAUAUCUACUCCACCCAUCACUGGGCCACUCAUCUUUUACAACCAAUCUCAGUUUACACCAUAUAUUUGGCCUGCCAUCAUUCAAUCUUCAGAUCUUAUGCGAUUACCAGAUGAAUCCCAAAAUCCCAUUUUUGUUCCAUCAAUAGCUCCCAUGCUUGCCAUUACUAAACCUGAUUCAUCCCGUGAACAAGCAAAUUGCCCAAUUAGAACUCCCGUAGGGACUCCCUUGUAUAUCCUACCAUGCACUUGGUUCUUCCCUAUUCCUGGUAAUACGAGUGAUUAUCACCUGAGGUCCACCUUUGAUUUGAAUUGUGAACCAAAUGAAACUGCUGUGACCAGCCAAUGUGCUGCUAGUGCGUCUUCGAGAACUGUUGGACAUUCAGAGAAGCACCAAGCUCCGCUGCCCGUUACUGCUAAAUCAGAAACUUCUGGUUCAGUAGAAGCCAUAUCUGCUAACCGUCUCCAUGAUAGCCCACUUACAGUUCCACCAAAUGAAGAUGGCCGGCAUAUGUGGCUUCAGUCAGAAGGACGAUUCAUCCUUGCACCAGCACCACUAAAUUCUGUUCGACCCACAUCAGUUGUCAAACACGAUGUUCUCCGGAAAUCAGACAACCUUGCCAGUGUCCAAGCGUUUUCUUCAACAUCUAAUCAUACUGCAAAUGCUUUCCCAGAAACCAAAAAAGAUCUGAAUGCUUCCCCAAGCAAAAAACUAGCGGAUACCAGUGCUGCGGCUGAGGCCAGGAAGAGAAGGAAGGAACUCACAAAGUUGAAGAGGCAGAAUUACUGCUAGUUCUGGAUGCAGCAUUGAUCUUCCGUAUCCUUGUAUUUGUUUUGAACCUGAACCACUGAUGUUGCCUGAGCUUGCCAGUUUCUAACCUCGAGGACUUGUUGGAGGUCAAACAUUUGGUAAACAUAUGGCUUUCUUGUGGUUUUUAGCUGGGUGCUAUUCAUGGAUCAUUUAUCAGGGUAAAGGGUUUUUCAUGCUUGCAGGAUGAUUUUGAGAUGCCUGGUUGCUGGAAAUCUUAGCGGAAUGUGCUUUGUUUUCCUGGCAAAAUCAGAGUUUUGAGUCUGACAGGAGCUACCCUACGAUUAGGCGAGAAAUUUAUUUUCUUCCUUAACUUCCAGUUGUAACACUUAAAGUUAUGCUUACAACAGUGCAAGUCUUUCCAAUUUUGCUAGGUCUUGUGUCGGAGAUGGACAGAGCAAAGUACAGAGAGUAAACAUUUGAAGGAGUAUAUUAUUGGAAGAGUACUAAGAUAUCUAGAACUACUUUCUGCAACAUGUUGCUGUGACAUCAAUGUUAUUCUUGUUGAAUGUUUCCUAAAUGUUAGGCUAAAUGGAAGAGACGACUUGGCUGUUUAAUUAGUGCGGGAAUGUUUAC